AUGGCGAUGCCCGGAUCCUGCCCGUCAACAACGGCGGCUCCAUCUGCCGGCCACCCUCCCAUCUGCCUCACCGACGCUUCAGCUGGGGGAGCGGGAUCCCAAGACAUGCUGCGGCCACGUCUGGUGCUCUUCGGCGACUCCAUCACCGAGCAGUCCUUCCGCCCUGGCGGUUGGGGAGCGGCCCUCGCCGACACCUACUCCCGCAAGGCCGAUGUUGUUGUCAGAGGCUAUGGUGGAUACAACUCAAGAUGGGCUCUGUUCCUGAUCCAGCGCAUUUUCCCCCUGGUUGGCUUGCCACCCGUUGCGACGACUAUAUUCUUUGGCGCUAAUGAUGCGGCGCUUCCAGGACGAACAAGUCAGCGGCAGCAUGUUCCGGUUGAGGAGUAUAAACAGAAUCUCAAAACGAUUGUUAAUCAUCUGAAGGAUUGUUCCAAGUCCAUGGUGAUUUUGCUUAUCACCCCACCUCCUAUUGAUGAGGAUGGAAGAGAAAGAUAUGCACGAUCACUGUACGGAGAAGAUGCGAGGAGGCUCCCAGAAAGGACAAAUGAAAUGGCUGGUGUCUAUGCAGGUCAGUGCAUAGAACUAGCCAAAGAAAUGGAUGUACAGUGUGUUGAUCUUUGGUCAAAGAUGCAAACCACUGAAGGUUGGCAGAAACUUUACUUAAGUGAUGGACUGCAUCUGACGCCGGAAGGAAACGCUCUGGUCCACAAGGAGGUCGUCCAGACCUUGAGAGGCGCUGGUCUGAAACCUGAAGACAUGCCACAUGACUUCCCCCAUCAUUCCAAAAUCGAUGGGGUUCACCCGGAAAGGGCCUUCCAGUGA